CACAGCUAAAACCCCUUUCUCCCAGGACCGGACAACUGUCCUACACCAUCAUCCAUCUUUGAUAGCAAAAGGGAGAAUGGCACCCCGUCCGUCCAUCGCUGUGCUCCUCGGUCUCCUGCAAGUUCUCUGCAGUAAAGUUUAUACAGAUGAAGAUGUCUUCCUGAUUUACAAUGAAAACCACAACAAGUGUAUCAAGGUGGAGAGCGCCACCUCGGUGACUGUGGCCCGCUGCAACCCUCAAGCCAAAGAGCAGCAGUUUCGCUGGGCCUCUGAAUCGCGUCUCCUCAGCAUUUCCCUGCAGCUUUGCCUCGGGGCCACGGAGGUUAAAGACUGGGUAAAGGUCCUCCUGUUUCCCUGUGACGAGAAGAGUAUACUCCAGCACUGGCAGUGCAAAAAUGAGACUCUCUUUGGCCUGAAAGACAAGGACCUGCACUUAAACUGGGGUAACCGCAAUGAGAGAAACAUAAUGAUUUACCAGGGAUCGGGGCUGUGGAGUCGCUGGAGGAUAUACGGCACCCGGCAUGAUAUUUGCUACCAGAGAUACAAAGAGAUAUUCACAAUCGGGGGUAAUUCCUAUGGAAGCCCUUGCCAGUUUCCCUUCAAGUUUGGGGAGAAGUGGUUUGCUGAAUGCACCAAGGAAGGUCGUACAGACGGACAGCUUUGGUGUGCUACGGUAACAGAUUACGGGCAAGAGAAGAAGUGGGGCUUUUGUCCUACAAAAGCAACCGACACCUGGGAUGUCGACCCAGUGACCGGCGUCCACUUCCAGAGGAACCUCCAGUCAGCUCUGACGUGGCACCAGGCCAGGGGCAGCUGUCAACAGCAGGGAGCAGACCUCCUCAGCAUUGUGGAGCUCCAUGAGCAGACGUACAUCUCAGGACUGACCAAUACUUUGGGAACAUCUGUGUGGAUCGGACUUAACAGCCUGGACUUUGAGAGUGGAUGGAAGUGGAGCAAUGGAAAUCCGUUCAGAUAUUUGAACUGGGCCCCAGGCCAUCCCUCAUCACAGCCUGGGCUCAACUGUGCAGUCUUAAAUGCCGGUAAAGCCUCAAAAUGGGAGAGCGAAGCCUGCACUAAGAAACUUGGCUACAUAUGUCGGAAGGGCAACUCCACCACUCUGCCCCCCAGACCCGUUGACCAACCCAGCUUCUGCCCCAGUCAUUGGGUCCCAUAUGCAGGUAACUGUUACUACCUGCAGCGCACCAAAAAGAUGUGGAAGGAUGCCUUGACUGCUUGCCACAAAGAGGGUGGAGACCUGGCCAGCAUACACAGUAUAGAGGAACAGAGCUUCGUUAUAUCCCAAACGGGGUAUUUGUCGACGGAUGAGCUGUGGAUUGGAUUCAACGAUCAGAGGAACCAGAUGCUUUUCGAGUGGACCGACCACACCCAUGUCACCUACACCCAGUGGCAGACGGGUGAGCCGUCCCACGCCACCGUCCUCCAGGAAGACUGUGUCCUAAUGAGAGGAAAGGAUGGAAAGUGGGCAGAUUACAUGUGUGAGAGGCAGUUUGGAUACAUCUGCAAGAAAAAAGCAUCCAACAAGCCAGCUCAUGGUAUCCAAGAAGACGUCAACCCCGGAUGCAAGCUUGGCUGGGUCAGGUUUGGUCUACACUGCUACAACAUUGGAGCCGAAACAAAAACAUUUGAUGAGGCAAAGCAGAAAUGUGGGAACGCUGGCUCAAACCUGGUGGAUGUGACUGACAGAUAUGAGAAUGCUUUCUUGGUCAGUAUGGUGGGUUUGCGCCCGGAGAGGUAUUUCUGGAUAGGCCUUUCAAACGUGGAGGACAAAAACGCUUUCAAAUGGACCACCAAGAAAGAGGUCAAGUUCACUCAUUUCAACGUGAACAUGCCAGCCAGAAAACAAGGUUGCAUUGGAUUUGCAACUGGAGUGUUUGCUGGAUUAUGGGAUGUUGUGAGUUGCAACAACAAGGAGAAGUACAUCUGCAAGAAACUGGCGGAGGGCAUAACGACGACAACGGUCCCCCCCACGACCCCGGCCCUGAGCUGUGCCUCUGGAUGGACCGCGAUUCCUAAAAGGAAUUUCUGCUACAAGCUUUUCAAAAAGUCAUCAAAAGACAAGAGGACUUGGGCUGAAGCGCAGGAAUACUGCAAAACCAUUGGCGGGGACCUGUUGAGCAUUCACAGUGUGCAGGACCUAAAAAACGCACCGAUGUUUUCCUCCGAUCCCGCCUGGAUUGGCCUCAGCUCCUUGGAUACCGACCAGGGUUUUGUCUGGACAGAUGGGUCUGCUUUUGGCUAUGAAAAUUGGGGCUUUGGGGAACCAAACAACUACAAUGACAACGAGCAUUGCGCAGAGGUCCAGAUUUACUAUGGACGUCACUGGAACGAUCGGCAUUGUGAGUCCUACAAUGACUGGCUCUGCCAGAUACGCAAAGGUGUGACGCCCAAACCAGGGCCUACCACAGUGGAAACAGUGUACAACACCACGGAAGACGGCUGGAUCAUAUACAACGACACGCAGUAUUUCAUCAAUACUGAUACCCUGCCCAUGGAGGAGGCCAGAGCCUUCUGUAGAAAAAACUUUGGCGACCUGGUAGUCAUCACAGGGGAGAGUGAGAGGAAGUUUCUUUGGAAAAAGAUCUCUAGAGACAUACAUGGACAAUACUACAUCGGCAUGACAGUCAAUCUGGAUAAGUCAUUUAGCUGGAUGGACGGCACCCCUGUCACUUUCACAGCAUGGGAAAAUAAUGAGCCCAACUUCGCGAACAACGAUGAAAACUGCGUAACUUUGUACAGGAGCAUGGGGUUCUGGAACGAUAUUAACUGUGGCCUUGAGCUCCCAUCCAUUUGCAAGAGAAGCACUUCUUUCAUCAAUACAACCGUGGCUCCCACCACCAUUCCUAAGGGAGGCUGUGCGCCAGAAUGGCUGCCGUUCCACGGAAAGUGCUACAAAUUUGUUUCGGGGAAUGACAAGAAAAACUGGCAAGAGGCCAGGACCCACUGCAUUAACCAGGGAGGAAAUCUGGUCUCCAUCCUCAACGAGAGAGAGCAAGCUUUCUUAACAACACAGAUGCUGGCGUAUCCCGAGGAUUUGUGGAUAGGUAUGAACGAUGUCAACUGGGAAAUGCACUUUGUGUGGACAACGGGCAACGCCAUUUCAUACACCAACUGGGCCAAAGGACAGCCAGUGUCAAUGCCUGAUGGACACUUCUCAUAUAUACGUGAGGAUUUUGACUGCAUUAUAAUGGUGGGUAGUUCCGUCAGACAAGUGGGAUCCUGGAAGGUGGAAACCUGUGCUGAGAAACGUGGUUUCAUCUGCAAAAGGAAUGUUGAUUCUCAGAUUGUGGUCCUGCCCACAACCACGUCACCGAGGGCCUUCUACAAGCUGGGCAAUGACUCGUACAAACUGGUGGCUGAGAAGAUGAGAUGGGAUGAGGCUCGGAGGCAGUGCCAAGCAGAUGACGCGGAUCUGGCCAGCAUCCCGAAUCCGAUAACCCAGUCCUACAUCUCACUGCAGACCCACAAGUACAAUGAACCCGUGUGGAUUGGCCUCAACAGCAACAUGACUGGCGGACGUUUCAAGUGGAUUGAUAACUGGCCUCUGUCUUACACUAAAUGGGGGGCAGAUGAGCCUAAACUCAACCAGGGCUGUGUAUAUAUGGAUGUUGAUACAACGUGGAAGACUGCAGACUGUAGCAACACUUAUUACUCCCUCUGCAAGAGAUCUCCAGUCAUAGCGCCCACCGAACCUCCUCAGCUUCCUGGUAACUGCCCUGAACCAAAGAAGAGAAAAACGUGGGUGCCUUUCAGGGGCCAUUGUUAUACCUUCCUUACCUCAUCGAUGGACAACUGGGCCCACGCCUCAGUAGAGUGUCUGAGAAUGGGAGGAUCACUAGUGAGUAUUCAGGACGCUCAUGAGAGCCAGUUCAUACAGGAAAAUGUUGACCUUCUCCAAGACAGCACUAAAUCCUUCUGGAUCGGACUGUAUAAGAGCCAUGAGGGUGAGUGGAGUUGGAUUGACAACAGUGUGGUGGAUUACACCAACUGGAAAGGAGCAGCCAUGAAGUCAUCAGGCACGGAUUCCUGUGUCGAAAUCCAAUCCGACAGUGGACAGUGGACAACAAACAGCUGCAGUAGAUAUAAGCCUUUCAUCUGCAAAACACCCAAAAUUAUAAUACCAACAGAAAAGCCCCCGGUUAUUGCCCCCAUUGUGGAGGAGGCGCCACAUGGGUUCGCCGGCAUCACGGUCGCUGUGGUACUCGUCAUAGUUGCCGUAGUAGGACUCGGUGUCUUCCUCCUUCGCAAGCGGAUACCCACCCCUGUCCUGGGAGAAUGUACCUUUGACAACAAUUUGUACUUCAACAACCCGAUCCGUGUCGCUGUCGACACGAAGGGCCUGGUGGCCAACAUAGAGCAGAAUGAACAGGCUUAGAGAAGCAAAGAAGCAAAUGGUGAGGCGCGUCUCUCUGUUGUACUGCACAGAGUGAGUAAGCAGCGCUGAUUUAUGGGACGAACUAAGCACAAUGUGCCCUCUGUGCGCCAACUUUAACUUCGUUUAGAUCCUGUGAGAAAAGCUUAACGUGGGAUUUUCACAAUUUGUUCUGGAUGACUUUUUGGACAUUAAAUCAGAACAAAAUCCAAUUGUAUUUUUACGUUUUCGACAGCACCACUUCCAAAAAUGAUAACUGCAUGAAAUUAAUGUUGACAAAUGAAGUUAAUAAAUAAUAUGCGACAACUGUAACGUGUUCAUGUGAUUUGUGGGACUUUUGCAUUAUCUCAACACAUGCAUUAGAUGGAAAAUGUGGCGAUGUUCUUGAAUUUUAAUGCCACAGAGUGAAACAUUAAAACGCCAUUAAAACUUCAAUAAUGUCACACAAUCAAUAUAAGAACACAAGAAUAACCUGGGCCCGGAUUUCUCUUUUUUUUAUUUUAACUGUGCAUUUGCACCAAGAACUCGUCUUACAACGAUCUGAAAAAGUAAUUGCUGAGAAUCAACAUUUAGAAAGUAAGAAAAGUUAAUAUUUUUAUUUGAAAUGCACUUGAUCAGAUCUUUUUCUACAGAGAUUCUGUAGUUUUGUGGUUUUCCUUGCCUGUCAUCCCCCCCUUUUUUUUUGCUCCUGAUAUUGUAAAUAGAUGUGUAAU